AUGCUGCGUAAUGGCACAGACUCCGACACUUACUACGGCGUCACAAGUGCAGAACACGAAGAACGCAGCAAGAGCUUGAAAGCAGGAGGAUAUCGCGUCAGGUCUCUGAGCGUCUUUGGAGCGCCGCCAAAUGUCAAGUACGCGGCCGUCUGGUCCAAGGCCGAAGGUGCAGAGUUUGAAACGAUCGCGAGCGCUGACGAGGUCACUUUCAACUCCUGGUACGAAUCUUGGAAGAACAAGGGCUACGUCUCGACACAUGUCUCCGCCACUGGACCUGUCGGAAGCGCCGUCUUCGCCGGUGUGAUGGAGCAGGCUGAUAUCUCUGAAAGACUGAAAUGUGGCAUGGAUACCCCAUACGCAUAUGCUAAUGCUACUAUGGGUCUGAAUAUGCUCGUCAAGGGCGUCAGCGUCUAUGGUUCGCCCACCAAUCGCCGGUACUGUAUAGUCGGGCAUGAAAACAUCGGGAACAGAAAACAAUCGACAUACUACCAAACGGAUACUGUUGUAUUCGAUUACGAGAAGACCUACAGUGCAGAGAUACAGAAGCGCUUCUGGAGGCCGACCUACCUUGAUGUUACCAACGAUCACCUCGUUUCAUCCUUGUUCGAGGACACCAGUGUCGGGAAGUGGGAGUCAAAGGUCGGACUAACGGAAUCUCAACUCAAGGCGGAAGUUGAGGCGCAGGCGAAGAAGGGACUUUCUCUGCUCCAACUUCAGGGCGGCGGUAAUGGCGACGAUGUGGUUUAUACCGCUAUUUUCGCCGAGCACACCACGCCUCUGUCUCAGAAUUGGAACGCCAACGGCAAGGUCGUUGGGUUCGAAGACAAUGACGCUGUGACCUCCGCGCUCGAUGCUACUAUGCGCAAUUGGAUGGAAUGGAACGGCAUCCGGCAAGCACAGGUGGCUAUUGCCCGCGAAGGAAAUCUUCUCGGCGAACGUGCCUUCACCCUAGCUGAAAGCGACCGUGCUGUCGUGCAGCCCACGGACAAGAUGCUUCUCGGCAGCGUGAGCAAGAUGUUCACCCAUGCGGCUACCCAGCGCCUCAUCGACGAUGGACUCCUUAACCUCACAACGACCGUUUACCCACUCCUGGGUUACAAGCCAUCCGACGAGCGCGCGAACAACAUCACCGUUGAGCACCUUGUCCAUCACACCGCCGGGUACGACCGCGCCGUCUCCGGAGAUAUCGGAUUCAUGUUCCGCGAAGUGGCACGCUCCAAGAACAGCUCCAGUCCCCAAACGCUCCGUGACAUGAUUGAAUACAUGGUUGACCGGCCUCUGGACUUCACCCCUGGCGACGGCGGCUACGCCUACUCCAAUUUUGGAACGAUGCUCCUCAGCUACGUUGUCACCAACUUGACGGGCACACCCUACGUUGAGUUUCUCAAGGAGCGAGUCUUGACCGGGGGCCUCGAGGCCGAGCUCUUCGCCACUGCGGCUGAGAAGCAUGUUAACGAUCCCGUCGUUCAGGAGACGAGAUACACCAACUUCAGCCCUCUGUUUCCGCAAGAGGAGGUGCUGGUGCCGAAUACCGCGGGAGGAGAUGGCGAUAUCAAGGAAGAAGCUGUUGGUUCUUUUGGGUUGAGGGCGUCUGCGAGCACGAUUGCGAGGUUCAUCGGCAAGAAUGCUGUCUGGACGAUUGGCGGUCGCGAUUGGAUGAACUCCCGUGACGGCAGCGUAUCUGGCGCUCGCUCAUACGCGCGCAGCGAGGGCCAGGAGAACUAUGACUGGGCUGUGAUACUCAACUCGAGAGAUUUCACAUCCGAUGAGCAGUGGAGUUCUUUGGUCUACACAGCUCUUCCGGAUAUCUGGGCCGCGAAUAAGAUUGUAGAGGCGUGA